GGAACAUUAAAGCUCAUCUCAUUCCAAAGCCAAGUCAACCUUGGUCUAGCCAAGGUUGCUUCAAGCCCCAUUAAUCUAACAACAAAAUAGGAGGGAUGCAUUUACUUUUGCAGAGCCUGUUACUUACCUUUUGCCCCCCACCCCUCCCUUCUUCCCAUUUCUUUUCUAAAAGUCCCUUUUAAAGGUAUGUAUGCCAAACCACGUAAAGCAUGCCCACAAUGCAGGAAGUGAAUGUCCUGGCUGCAGAUCAGCUGCAAGGGGUAUUUUAAUCUCCACAUUCACUGGCUCUCUGUCAUGGACUAGAACUUCAUUCAGGAAUCAGCUUCAGUCUCUGAGCACUCACUGUUAUCAUCCACAAUCCAAUAAUUCUGUAUUUAAUACCAGACCCUUUAUCAGCCCCACAAUUACCAUAAGGAUAAACAGGAAAUUAAACACAUUGACUCUUCUCCAGUGUGAUAGCUGCUGGGCACAUUGCACAACAUUUCCAAGGACUUUAAAGUGAGCAACACCUGAGAGAUCUCUUGCAACUGGGACUGCUCCAGGCCUUGCUGUUACCUGAAAAAGCCAACUCACAGAUCGGUGUGAAGACACAUCACCUCUGGAUACAUGAAAUGGCAUUUUUUUAUCUAGUGCCAGUGAUACUGCUGGUGGUUUUUGUUGCUUCAUUCACAUCAGCAAUCAUAAGAACAAUUCAAACUGAGUUUGCCAAUUGGAGCAUCCCUCCUGGAGUGAGCAAUCCCGGAAAACUUCGACUUAUUGUUUUUGCUUUGAUUGUUACAUCUACUCUGGGCAGGAUUUUUGAGAAGAUGGAGCUGUGCAGCAGCCUGGCCAUCAAGCGCCUGGUGUUCUCCGGGCGGAGGCCGGACCCGGCCCCGGGGGUGCAGCAGGAGGAGGCGCGGCUCGGGGGGGUGCCCGUGCGGCUGUACCGGCCCCUCGGGCCCUCCGCGCGGCCGCGGCCCGCCGUGCUGUUGUUCCACGGCGGCGGCUGGAUCUUCUGCAGCCUCGAUUCCCACGAGAGGAUCUGCCAGUACAUUGCCAAGGAAAGCGGCUCGCUGGUGGUGUCUGUGGGGUACCGUUUGGCCCCUGAGCACAAGUACCCCGCUGCCUACGAGGACUGUCUGAACGCCAGCCAGCACUUCCUGCAGCACCUGCAGCACUACGGCGUGGAUCCUGCCCGGGUCACUGUCUGCGGGGACAGUGCUGGGGGCAACCUGGCAGCUGCUGUGAGCCAGACCCUGGCAGGCAGGUCAGACCUCCCCAGACUGCGUGCUCAGAUCCUCAUCUACCCAGGCCUUCAGGCCCUGGACUUCAAUUUACCGUCCUACCAACAGAACCGGGGAGUCCCGCUGCUCUUCCGGGAACGUGCCGUUUACUAUUCUUUGCAGUAUGUACAAGGGAACACAUCAGAUCUAGAAGAGGUCUUGGCGGGCUCUCAUAUUCCUCCAGACAUGAGGCUGAAGUAUAGGAAGUGGGUGAGUCCAGACAACAUCCCUGAGGAAUUUAAGGUCAGAGGCUACAAACCACACAAGCCCUGUGAAUUCAAGCCUGAAGUUUUUGAGAAAGUGAAAAGACUCCGUGAGCCCACGCUAUGCCCACUGCUGGCUGAAGACACAAUCAUCCAGCAGCUGCCAGAAUCUUUCAUCCUGACCUGCGAGUACGACGUGCUGCGGGACGAUGGCUUGUUGUACAAGAAGAGGCUGGAGGACAACGGGGUUCGAGUGACCUGGUACCACCUUGAGGAUGGAUUCCAUGGGAUCAUAAACCUGUUUGAUUAUUGUGGUUUGUCAUUUCCGUCUGGGAAAAAGGGAUUGGACAGGGUUGUUGAAUUUAUAAAGGGCCUGUAAAAAGAACUUUCCUUCAUUAUGCUUCUCCCACUAAUGACUGCUUAGGCUCUCACACUUCAGGUAGUGCUGCUCUGCAAGAAUGUGACACCUUUUGAUGUGUAAAUGACUAUUUCUAAGAUCCAUGAACUUCAAAUUAACACAGAUCUUUUCCUUGUGAGACUUCUGACGCUUCAAUCUUUUGAGAGUACAAUUUUUCUAUGUGCUGUGUUUUUUUUCAAAUUGGCAUCUGAUUAAUUCCUUGUCUUCAAUUACUAAAUUAUUUACUUCUAUACAAAUAAUCUAUGUGGAAUGAUUUGGAUUAAAUGCUGCUCACUACAGCCA